GGGCAGCCAGCGGGCCUCGGAAGCCGGGCCCGAUGCGGGCGGGCGGGCGGAGCCGCCGAGCCUGGAGCAGCCCGAGCCCGAGCGGAGCAUUUUCAUCUCAAUAGAAAUCUAAAGGGAAGAAUAAGAAAAUAACCACAUGCAAAAUUCAAAUUUGGCAUUUUCAUGCCAUCAGCAAGAAGGAGAGGAUCAGCAAGGGAUUCAACCUAUCCAUGUGGCAAAGAGUAAGCCUGGACCAUAUCAUUAUCCUGGAAGUCAAAGAGCUUUGGGAACUACAGGAACAUCCACAGUUGGGUCUCCUCCAUUGCCGUCCCAGGGUCUACCCAGGAGGAAUAGAGCUCCCACUUUCAGGAUUCAUUCCCUGGAAAGACAUAUCCCAUGGAGCCCCUUGCUUAUACAUUUCCAUUUGUAACCAAGCCCUAUGCAGGGCCAACCAUGGAGGAGUGAUCCAAGCAGGGUCUCACCUCUGGAUGAGCAACAUACUUAAAUGCUUGAAAUAGGUUUGUAAGACCACCAAAAUAUUAGAACCAUGCCUCCAAGACCAUCAUCCGGUGAAUUAUGGGGCAUCCAUUUGAUGCCCCCAAGAAUCUUAGUAGAAUGUCUACUACCUAAUGGAAUGAUAGUGACUUUAGAAUGCCUCCGUGAGGCUACAUUAGUAACUAUUAAACAUGAGCUAUUUAAAGAAGCAAGGAAAUACCCUCUUCACCAGCUCCUUCAGGAUGAAACUUCUUACAUUUUCGUAAGUGUUACUCAAGAAGCAGAAAGAGAAGAAUUUUUUGAUGAAACACGGCGACUUUGUGACCUGCGGCUUUUUCAGCCCUUUCUGAAAGUCAUCGAACCUGUAGGAAACCGAGAAGAAAAAAUUCUCAAUCGAGAAAUCGGUUUUGCUAUUGGUAUGCCUGUUUGUGAAUUUGACAUGGUUAAAGAUCCAGAAGUGCAAGACUUCCGAAGAAAUAUUCUUAAUGUUUGUAAAGAAGCUGUGGACCUGAGGGAUGUCCAUGCACCCCAUAGUAGAGCAUUAUAUGUUUAUCCUCCAAAUGUAGAAUCUUCACCAGAAUUGCCAAAGCACAUAUACAGUAAAUUAGAUAAAGGGCAAAUAAUAGUGGUGAUUUGGGUGAUAGUUUCCCCAAACAAUGACAAGCAAAAGUACACUUUAAAAAUCAAUCACGACUGUGUACCAGAACAUGUGAUCGCUGAAGCAAUCCGGAAAAAAACACGGAGUAUGUUACUAUCAUCUGAGCAGCUGAAGCUCUGUGUUUUAGAGUAUCAGGGCAAAUAUAUUUUAAAAGUGUGUGGAUGUGAUGAGUAUUUGCUAGAAAAAUAUCCUCUUAGCCAAUAUAAGUACAUAAGAAGCUGUAUAAUGCUUGGUCGGAUGCCCAAUCUGAUGCUGAUGGCUAAAGAAAGUCUUUACACCCAGCUACCACUGGAUACUUUUACAAUGCCAUCUUAUUCCAGGCGAAUCUCUACAGCCACACCGUACAUGAAUGGAGAAGCUUCAACCAAAUCCCUUUGGGGCGUAAAUAGUGCACUCCGCAUAAGAAUUCUUUGUGCAACUUAUGUAAAUGUAAAUAUUCGAGACAUUGACAAGAUCUAUGUUAGAACAGGUAUUUGCCAUGGGGGUGAGCCAUUAUGUGACAAUGUGAAUACUCAGAGAGUACCUUGUUCCAAUCCCAGGUGGAAUGAAUGGCUAAUGUAUGAUAUAUACAUUCCCGAUCUUCCACGUGCUGCUCGACUUUGCCUUUCCAUUUGUUCUGUUAAAGGCAGGAAAGGAGCAAAAGAGGAACAUUGCCCAUUGGCUUGGGGAAAUAUUAACCUCUUUGAUUAUACAGACACUCUGGUAUCAGGAAAAAUGGCUUUGAAUCUGUGGCCAGUACCUCAUGGAUUAGAAGACUUGCUGAAUCCUAUUGGAGUUACUGGAUCAAAUCCCAAUAAGGAAACUCCAUGUUUAGAGCUGGAAUUUGACUGGUUUAGCAAUCCUGUAAAGUUCCCAGAUAUGUCAGUAAUUGAAGAACAUGCAAAUUGGACUGUAUCUCGAGAACUAGGAUUCAACUAUUCCCAUGCUGGACUGAGUAAUAGGAUAGCUCGAGAUAAUGAAUUGAGAGAAAAUGACAAAGAACAGCUCCGGGCGAUUUGUACACGAGACCCUCUGUCUGAGAUCACUGAGCAAGAAAAGGACUUCCUGUGGAGUCAUAGGCAUUAUUGUGUCAAUAUACCAGAAAUUCUACCUAAACUACUUCUGUCUGUUAAGUGGAAUUCUAGAGAUGAAGUAGCCCAGAUGUAUUGCUUGGUAAAAGAUUGGCCCCCAAUCAAACCAGAACAGGCCAUGGAACUUUUGGACUGUAAUUAUCCAGACCCUAUGGUUCGAGCUUUUGCUGUUCGAUGCUUGGAGAAAUAUUUAACUGAUGACAAACUUUCUCAAUACUUAAUUCAACUGGUUCAGGUUCUGAAGUAUGAACAGUAUUUGGAUAACCUGCUUGUGAGAUUUUUACUCAAGAAAGCACUAACAAAUCAAAGGAUAGGGCACUUUUUCUUUUGGCAUUUAAAGUCUGAAAUGCAUAAUAAAACUGUCAGCCAGAGAUUUGGUUUGCUUUUGGAGUCAUACUGUCGAGCAUGUGGGAUGUAUCUAAAGCAUCUGAAUCGGCAGGUAGAGGCCAUGGAGAAACUGAUCAACCUCACCGACAUUCUCAAACAGGAGAAGAAGGAUGAGACACAAAAGGUACAGAUGAAGUUCUUGGUUGAGCAAAUGAGACGACCUGAUUACAUGGAUGCUUUACAAGGCUUUAUCUCUCCCCUUAACCCUGCUCAUCAACUAGGAAAUCUCAGGCUCGAAGAGUGUAGGAUUAUGUCUUCCGCAAAAAGACCACUGUGGUUGAAUUGGGAGAACCCAGACAUCAUGUCAGAGUUACUAUUUCAGAACAAUGAGAUCAUCUUUAAAAAUGGGGAUGACUUACGGCAGGAUAUGCUAACCCUUCAGAUCAUUCGGAUUAUGGAAAAUAUCUGGCAAAAUCAGGGUCUUGAUCUUCGGAUGUUACCUUAUGGUUGUCUAUCAAUCGGGGACUGUGUUGGCCUCAUUGAGGUGGUCAGAAAUUCCCACACUAUCAUGCAGAUUCAGUGUAAAGGGGGCCUGAAAGGGGCCUUGCAGUUCAACAGCCAUACGUUACAUCAGUGGCUCAAAGACAAGAAUAAAGGAGAAAUAUAUGAUGCAGCCAUUGAUUUGUUUACACGUUCCUGUGCUGGAUACUGUGUGGCUACCUUCAUUUUGGGAAUUGGUGAUCGACACAAUAGCAAUAUCAUGGUGAAAGAUGAUGGACAACUAUUCCACAUAGACUUUGGACACUUUUUGGAUCACAAGAAGAAGAAAUUUGGCUAUAAACGAGAGCGUGUGCCCUUCGUCUUGACGCAAGAUUUCUUAAUUGUGAUUAGUAAAGGAGCCCAAGAAUGUACAAAGACAAGAGAGUUUGAGAGGUUUCAGGAAAUGUGCUAUAAGGCUUACUUAGCUAUUCGACAACAUGCCAAUCUCUUCAUCAAUCUCUUCUCCAUGAUGCUUGGCUCCGGAAUGCCCGAACUUCAGUCUUUUGACGACAUCGCCUAUAUUCGAAAGACCCUGGCCUUGGAUAAGACUGAGCAGGAGGCUUUGGAGUAUUUCAUGAAGCAGAUGAAUGAUGCUCAUCAUGGGGGCUGGACAACCAAAAUGGAUUGGAUUUUCCAUACGAUAAAGCAGCACGCUUUGAACUGAAACAAUAGCCUCGGGGCUGCUCCGCACUGCUCUCACUGUCAGCAGGCCAAGGCUGCUUGUGUAGGAAUCGCACAAACCAUGAACAGCAUUAGAAUCGACAGCAAGAACCGAGAUCAACUCUUUCUUCUACCAUUGAAACAACAUAAACGCAAACAGGGUUUGAUAGCACUAAACUAGUACGUUUCAAAAUUAAGCUUUAGUCUAAUGCGCAAUUUCAUGUUAUGCCUUAAGUCCAAAAAGGUAAACUUUGAAGAUUGUUUGUAUCAUUUUUUAAAAAACAAAACAAAAUAUAUAGAAACUGAUGGUUAAGGAGAGAGAAUAAUGUUCUUUUUUGUGUUGCAAAUGUUGUAUGUUUUGAACCGUGAAAGUGACAGAGUCUGUCAAGUUAAAGGAAACCAGAGAGUGGUGUUGAGCUGCAUGAGAAUUGCUAAGAAUGAAAAUCCAUCACUUUCCCAUGGUAUUCAAUUUAUAGUUUGAAGUGAGUUUUUUGACUCCCAGUUCUCAUGAAGAAAAACACUUGGGGUGGAACAAAAUCUUUAAAUUCCAUUAGGGACUACUUUUUCCUUUUUCAAAAAUCAAACCUUUUGAUGAUUUUGGGCCUUAUCUGCAUAGUUUGGGGAGCAAGUAGAAAUGAGACCUUUUAGAAGGUGCUUUUCCUGGACAAGCAUUUACAAGGAUCUGAUUGUUCAUUUCCCAGGGAAAUUCUGAGCUCCCAUGGGAAAAAACUGCCAUAGAAAAGAAAUGAGAAGGACUAGCUGUCAUGUACCAGAAUCGUGCAGUGUUCACCUUAAGUUUGACAUUUUCCCCUCUUUUUGCAAUUGAACUGAAUACCUUUUUCAUGCAUGUUUUCCAGAACCUAGAAGAAAGUAUUAAUGUUAUUAAAAGAUUAUUUUUUAUAAAAGGCUAUUUAUAUUAUAAAAACUAUCAUUAAUAUAUACUCUUUAUUUAGAUUAUCUGUCCCAUAGUCAUGCAUUUAUUUUACAGCCUCAGAUAUUUUGGUAUAAGACUCUGCCAUCUGUAGUGACAUAAUCAGUCAUUCUCUUGGUCUUUGAGAGAAGCCCAGGCACUCUUCCAUAAUGUACACCAUUGCCCAGGGAUACUCUGUUAAAGUUGGCGAAAUAUCCUGCUCAGGACCACCUCUUUCCUCCUUUUCAUUUUUAUCCCCACUCUCUCUCUCUUCUACCAAAAAAAAAAACAAAACAAAAAAACAAAACAAACAAAAAAAAAAACCUUAAAUCAGUUUAAAUCAGCUCAGUAACAUACAGUUUCGUGUCCUGUUUGCAUUAAUCUUCUCCUAAAGUGGAAGCACUUAUAAAGAAAGGAUCCUUCAAAGCAGCAGGGAAAAAGAAACCAGGAAUGUUGUCUGUUUGCAGGCUCUUUGCCUCUAUCUCAAUAAUAAAAAUGGAACCCAAAGUUAUUAAGAUUGGUUCCCACUUUAAAGUGGUCAGGGUCCAUUUUCCAAGUUUUUAAGUUGCACUUAAGCCCAGGAUAAAUUCAUAAACAUUUGGAAGAAGUGAUUCAUACCCCCCCCCUUUUUUUUUUUUUUGAUUGGGAAUUGCAAGGGAAGGGAUUAGACUGUGAGGAAGCUUUCUUCACUAUAGAUCAGCAUUCCACAUGGUAUUUGGAGUAAAUGCCCACAGAACUAGGAAACAGCUUCUGCAGAUGUCUUUGUGCCACAGGAAAAAAUAAAAGUGCAAUAAAGGAGAGGGGCUGGCAAGUGUCUAGAUUAGGCAUGAUAUUGGAAUAUAACUUUAUAAAAACUGUACAUUGUGUUCUUUGUAAUGGUAAUGAGCUAUUGAAUGGUUUACUUCAUUUAGAAAAAAGUUCUUUAAUGAAAUUAGCUACUUAUUCUAGAGCCUUGGAUCAAGUAAACCAGGGACUGUAAUGCCAAGAUUCCUAAGACAUAUUUGGCUAUUUUAGGACGCAUAUGGACAUAGGCUCCCUAGAAGUAGUUGUUGAAGAUUUAGGUACUUUAUUAAAGCAUGUAAAUAAUACUGUCUUAGUGAAAGCCACUGAGAAAAAUAAAUUUGGAGUAUUGGAAUAUUCAUUUUUCAUAUUUAUAAUUGACUGUGUCAGAACAGUUCAGCAGAUUUUAAACCCUUUGUUAUUAAGUCAUUGAUAAUUGUUCUCCUUUGCGGUUAUGAAAGAUUUCCUAGCUAACAUAUUCCAUCUUCUCAUUUGAUGCAUAACCACGAUGUGUCAUUACUGAUUGGCAUUUGACACAUGCUAACAUUUCUUUAAUAUCAGGGAUUGAUGAUAGGAAAAUUCAGUGAAAUAAUAAAUAUCUGAAGCCCUGAUCAAGUUUCUUAAAGUUAUAAUAGAAUUUUGGUUUUUUGUUUCCCCAUAUGUUUCUAAAGCAGUAAUUUUAUGAGUCUCCUUGCACAAAAAUUAAGAUACUUGCAUUGCUUAAAGCACAUCAGUAUAGAUCACUUUUGAGGGCCCCGCUGAAAAUUUGUGCAUAAAUUACUGCAGACAAAUUAAUUUAGUUUCAAUUUAUUUGAGCUGUGUAGAAUAAUUCAGAAAAAAAAAUUAACUAAGAGCCAAACUAAGUGACCUGAAAAAAAGCUGAAUCGUAAAUAGAUCUAAGCAGAAUAGAAGAAAGGCAAAGAAAAGUUGAAAAAGAGAAAGAGGAAAAGGAGGGUUCCAAAAGGCCAAGCUAUUGCAGCUUGUAUUAAGCAAACUGUUGGAUUAUUCAAAUUGAUUUCAGGUCAGAAGUCAUGUAACAGGCUCUAAAAUGAUUUAACUAUUUGGGAUUACUUAAAUUCCCCAAACCAUCUCUCAGAACUUUAAUUAUAACCAUUGACUUUCGAGAUCAUUGGCUCUCCCAAGAAAUAUUUUCUUGCCUAAUCAUUUGGAGAAGGAGAAAUGGAGCACAUUUUUGAAGAGCAGAAGCCCUAACAUUUAAUACAUCCUACAAAGAAAUUUAAAAGCCUGCUUGACCUUUUAGCAUAGUCUCAAUCCUUAAAGGGACACACCCAUUUUGAAGACUGAGAAUGCGUCUGUAAAUCAGAGAGUAGAUUUUAUUUGACGUUUUACCGUAGAACUUUUUUCUCUUGGUUUUUUAGUGUCACCUGUAAAAUUGUGUCGAAAAUAAUCAGUUCUGAGAUUUGUCCCAUAAUCAAUUUGUGUUUAUAAGCCCAUUAAGAAAAUGGGGAACUGGUGAAUAUGUAAUGAUUUGUAAAAUAUUUUAAUGUAAUUUUUUCAACUGUGAAACUAUUGGUUUUUGAUGAAAACAGGCUGCUGAUAAAGUAUUUUUUCUGUAAAGUGUAGUCUUUACUAAAUGAAAAUAUGAUGUAUUGAUUAGAGUGUGUGUACACUCUUGGGUUUUUUCCCCUUUUCCUUUUUUAAAGUGUAUUGCUAGGUUUUCUUAAAGACUGGCUAUAUAAUGUUUGAGUUUUUUUGUUUUUGUUUUUGUUUUUAUUUUUUUUAACUGAAAAUUGAGUGGUUUGGGAUCUUGUAGAAAAGAUUUAAGGAGCCUGCAUAUUUUAAAGGCACCACAGCAAUUUCACAUCUUGUAGAUAAGUUUGUAUCUGAUUGCUCCCUACUGUUUUAUUUUUUUUUUGGCAUAUGAAUAAUUUUGUAAAUCCAUUUUAGUCCUAUCAUGAUCAAUAACUCAUGCUUGCUAAUUCUUUGAAGACAUUUCCUUUGCUUCAUCAUUCUGUAACCAGCGUGUUAAUGUCAGCUCUGAGCAACUAUCGUUCCUCAUAUUUUCCUGUCUGUACAGGCUGCAGACCUGGGCUGGACCCAUUCACCAUCUGAAAAAGUCCUCUUUAAAUAAUGAUCAUUUGGAUGCCUAAGAUAUCCCCAAAGUACUUCGAUUUAAAAACACUAAUAUGGUGUUAAUGAAGUAUUAUUUGCUACUUCAAACACAACUUUCUUAUUUCUGGAUUUUUUUUUUUUACUUGGAUAGUCUCUUUUUAUACCACUCCUGUCAGAUGCACACCCUCUGUUACACAGAGUGCCAAAAACUGUUCAAAGUACAAUUCCAUUUAUCCAAGUAGCCUGCCUGUUCAUCUUGAAUAAGAUGCUUAUAGCAGUGGUUUCAAUUCUGAUUUAUAACUUUGUGGCAAUCAAAUGUGCAUUCUGGCCUAUGUCCAAAAACUGUGAAAGAUACUUGAGAUAACCACCUGAUAGGAAAGCUGAUUUUCAAAAAAAACUAACCUCACUGGAUUGGUUUUUGUUUGGAAAGCAUGUCCACAAAGACUCGAUUUACCUUUGAUUACUUUUUUAAAACAGUUUCAUAUCUGGGACUUGAAAUGCACACUGUAAGAGAUGACCAUAGAUCUAACUAAAUUUAAUUAAAGACUUUCCCUCUCGAGACCCACUAUGUCAAGGAACCAACCCACAGAAGUAAAUAUACAUAACUUACAAUUGGAGUGUGUAGGUAUUAAUAUUCCCCAAGUUUUGCCCAACUAAGCAUUGUAGAUUUUUAACUUUAGCUAUUUGCAUAGCACUUAAGGCAGAUCUUCACUGAAAGCAACAGAAAAACUUCAGUUUUUCCUGUCAGUGGGCCAGCUACACUUUGGGAGGAAAAAAAUCUGCCAACAGAUUUGAUAGUUUUGGAAUACAAGGUUAAAUUUUUAAUUUUGUUUUCUUCCUUAAUAGUAGGUUUGCUGUCUUUAUACACACAAACACAUAUGUAAGUACCUUGAUAAAUUAUUUGUUAUUUGUAUGCAUGUGUAUUCACAUAUGUAUACUGUUAGGCUUUAAUUAUUGCUUUCAGAAUACCUAAAUUUGGACUUUGAGGAGCAUUUGGAAUACAUUGCUAUUUCCAAAUCAAGGAGUUAACUUUUUAAAUAGGUUUGUGCUUCAUUUCACACCUGUCACUGCUUUGAGGAUCCUUAUUUUUACUCUUCAUAAUCAUCAGGCUGGUCCCUCCUACUUGGUUUUAGGAAUAGUAGUAUAUUUGUUCCAACUAACCAAGUUACUGUUAACUAGGUUGCUGGUUUAGAACUUAAAGAAAAAAUUUCAAUUUUAAAGCCCAGCUAUGGCAAGAGUUUUAAUUUUUGAUCUUUAGUAAAAUAAAACUUUAAAAAAAAAUUGAUCCAUUAUACUGGUGCUACACUGCCUUGGGCAGCUACUGCUCACAAUCUACCAUCACCGGAAUCAUACAUUUACACUUGUUAAGUGUGCAAGGACCUAGUAAAGCCUUACAACAAUUGUUGGGUUCGUUUUUGUUUUGUUUUGUUUUGUUUUUUAAGCGGUGUGCAAUCUUGAUUGAAAUUGUCACAAGAUAAAAUUGUCCUGUGUGGUGUUCAGGUCAUUUUGUAGCUGUCUUGGGUUGGCAAGGAGACUGGAAGGGGUUAUUUUUUAAUAAUUUCUCAAAAUAUUUUAAGCAAGGUACCCAAUUCCAGUGUGAUUUUUAUAGAAUAAGAUCAUUAUCUGCUGAGUUUUA